AUUGGAAAAUUAUUUUGCAGCCUUCGAUGAUGAUGUCGUAGCCAGAUUCUUGGCUUUUAAUUUCUCACCACCGAUAGUAAUUCAAAGUAACGACCAGCGGAGCUUUGGUAUGUGGGACAUUUGUUUUUCUCGUUCGCAACAGAUCAGGCAUAAAAUUACGGAGACCUCUGCAAUUUUUUUUUUUUUCCCGCAGUCGGUUCCUCGGGAAAGAAUUCAAAGGGGCUGGAAUUCCAUACGGCCGAAGGCGAACAAUCCCACCCUAUAUAAUCUCGGUUCCAUGUGUUAUCUGAAUCAGUAGCAAUAGACGCGGUAUUGUCAUUAAAACCACGUGUUGAAAACGUCGCAUAGAACCACCCAGAACUCGUCGCUCAGACGACAAAGAUCGAGAUCCAGCUAGAUCUUCGAGUGGAGGGGGAUGCGGCAGCAUCCGCGGGGUCGUCGGUACUCUCAACUUUCCCGAAGACGUUCAGAGUAAAUUCAGUUGAUGGUAUAUGCCGCAGAAAUAAGCGUCGAUCAGGCCAUGCUCGGGUAGGUUCUAAGCAGUCCGAAGAACGUUAAAUAUCAAUCCGGCGCGAAUUGACGUUGCCGCCAAGGUUGUUGCACAGGACCAAUUUUUAUAACCGUUCACGAGGACCUUCUGACGUACCGAAGGACGAUGAUUUGAGGAUACGUGGAUUAUUUAGGAGCAUGCGAGUCGACCACCUGACAGAACUAUGGACGUCGCUUCUCUGCGCCCGGGUAGCCAUCCUCAUCCUCGUCAUCAGCACCAUCUCGAAGAUGGUGGUUGCCGACAUUACUCUCCAGGACAUGCGCUUAGGAACCGUGGAUUUGAUGGAUGGGACCGGGAUGCUGCAGGAACCUGCGGGAGUUAGCGUGUGCGCGGGUCGUUGCGAUUCAAACAUAACAGCGUACGAGCUUGAAAAAUCGGCACUUUUAACCGUAAACACCGCAAUUCUAUUCCCGGAUGUUUUCCCCGAAGAUUUUUCGGUUCUCAUCGUCGCCAAGCCCAAACAAGGGAUUCCCUCUUCCGCUAUAUUCACGAUUUACAGCGACUCUGGCGAAGAGCAGCUAGUCGUAUCUUUAGGUACCGACGUAACGGUCCUCUACGGAAGUCCCGAAGCUGAGAGUAACCGCCCGAUUUCUUUUGACUUGGACGUUGCCGAUGGGCAAUGGCACCGGAUCGGUAUCAGCAUCAAAGGCGAUGCCAUCACGCUGAUUUCCGACUGUAAUCUUCUAGCGACAAAAGAGUUGCGCAGAAAUUCUUCAACUCUGAUCAGCACGUCCGGAAUAAUAAUAAUUGGCCAACAGUUGAUGGACGACAAAGUCUACGAGGGCGGAAUCGAGCUCUUGAAGAUCGCAACGAACCCGGAUGCAGCCUAUGAAAUUUGUACGGUUUUCGCACCGAAUUGCGAAUCCCAAUAUCAGAGUCAACACGGCGCGGUUAUUUCACGAAGCAUCUUGAACCCCGGGUCUAUCGCUGUACAAGGAGCCGCCAUCAGCCACACCGCUGGUUCCUCCAGCAGUUCUUCUAGCUACGAAUCUAGGUUUUACGGAAGUUCUUCCUUCGGAGGUUUCUCGUCAGGAUCCAGUCAGCAGUCGAGUUACUCGACCGGUACCAGUGGCACUGGUGAGGAAUAUUCCCAAAGUCAACUAGAGCGCCAAAGAGCUGACCUCGCUGCGGCACGUGAAAGAGGAAACUCGGUACGAGCUGAACACGCCGCAGUGACCGGGGGUCGGAGUAAUUACAGCAGCGUCGACCAGAGAAUCACCGAGGACUAUUACGACGGAAUAGCGGAGGGGGAAUAUUCCGAAAUCACCGACGGAGAUCAACGCGUUCCAGAAUCCGAAGGGGAAGUGGCCUACUCGCCGUUACAACCCGGUAGGGUUUCGGGGCAACCUCCGGAAUUUACCACCCUACCUCCGUCGAACGACAUCUCCAGCGAAGAAACGACCGAAACUGGUAAGACGACUACGGAAGUAAACGAGGCAAACUACGAUGGUAGUUACGGGCAAAAUAUCAAGCCUUACGAAACCCCACAGUAUUCACCUAGCGAAAAGGUGGAUCUUUAUGGCUAUUACACUAUUCCCGGGCCUCCCGGUCCUCGUGGUUAUCCAGGACCGGUGGGAGCACCAGGGACGCCAGGGAAAAAGGGUGAACCAGGGAGAGACGGUCUUGCGGGAAUGCAAGGUGUGCCAGGGCCACCGGGACACGUUUUCAUGAUACCGAUGAACCAGCAGGGCAACGAGAAGGGUCCUGAUUCGCAGGCAGAGUCCUUCCGGCAGAUGCUGUCGCAACAUAUGAUGUCCAUGCGUGGUACCGAAGGCCCCAUGGGACUGACUGGUAUCCCAGGGCCGGAGGGACCGCCUGGUCCUCAAGGGCAGAAGGGCGAGCCUGGGGAUAUCGGGGAGCCAGGAGCCAGAGGUGAAAGAGGCAUGCCUGGGUCCUCGGGAAGAGAAGGUCGACGCGGUCGCCCUGGAAGAGAUGGAGACAGAGGUCUGACAGGUCCACCUGGAGGAAGGGGGGAACAAGGCUUGCAAGGUUUACCUGGACUUCCGGGUGACAAAGGAGAGCGCGGCUUUCCUGGUGCUACGGGGGAUCAAGGACUUCCGGGACACGAGGGAAUGCAGGGGGAAGACGGUUCUCCAGGGCUGCCGGGUAUGCCAGGUGAAUUGGGACCCAGAGGAUUCAUCGGCCCAAGGGGUUUUCCUGGGCUACCUGGAAAUCCAGGGAUCCCUGGAAGCGAAGGACCCCCAGGACCUAAGGGCAAUGCCGGCCCCACAGGCGAGCCUGGACCACCAGGGCAAUCUGGACCCAUAGGACCAGUGGGAGCGCCAGGACCACAGGGCUUACUAGGUCCGACUGGAAUGGUUGGUCCACAUGGAAAACACGGGAUUCCAGGACUCCCAGGAGCUGAUGGACCUUCUGGUCACCCUGGAAAUCCUGGAAGUCCAGGAUCGAAAGGAGAGCAAGGACCUCAAGGGCCUCAAGGUCCGAUAGGAUUUCCAGGUAUUCGAGGGGUAAAGGGAGAUGAGGGUAAAAGAGGAGCAACCGGAGAUCGCGGAGACAAAGGCGAAAGGGGUCUAGAAGGCGAGAAGGGAGAUUUGGGCAUGAAAGGUGAACCGGGACAAUCCGGACCGCAGGGUAUCCCUGGACUCGAAGGGUUGGAAGGAUCCAAAGGAUUCGAAGGGCCGAGAGGUGAGACGGGACCGACGGGUCCACCUGGUGAGAAAGGAAAAAUUGGAAUACCAGGGUUCGCUGGGUAUCCCGGUAAUCCAGGAGAAAAGGGAGACAAGGGGCAAGCAGGUAGAGAUGGUCCAACUGGCGAUAAGGGAGAAAGGGGCAACACUGGAAUCUCAGGCGAACGAGGCGAAACGGGUCCUAGAGGAUUCCGCGGAGCUCGUGGACGACGAGGGCCAGAAGGACUACCUGGCCCAAAAGGAGACACCGGGCAACCCGGACCAUCGGGAUCUCAAGGCGAGCCUGGUCCCCCAGGAAUAGAGGGACCUCGUGGGUUUAUCGGACCUCAAGGACAGCAGGGACUUAAUGGAAAGGACGGUAUCCCCGGAUCUCCCGGAGAGCGUGGAUCUGUUGGAGAAUCUGGUCCACCUGGGCAACCUGGCGCACCAGGUGUCGUUGGACCACCGGGUCCAUUUGGAGAAGCGGGUCCAGCAGGAGAACCUGGAAUACCUGGAAGUCCGGGUCUACCUGGAGAGUCCGGAUUGCCUGGAGAACAUGGCAAAGAAGGUCCCCCUGGUCCGGCUGGUCCUUCGGGAAAGGAAGGCCCUCCGGGUCCGAGUGGGUUGCCUGGUUUUCCCGGAGAGAGAGGAAUGAAUGGCUUGCCUGGUAUGCCAGGGCUGAAAGGUGAAAUGGGUCCGCUCGGACCACCUGGUGCAACUGGUGACAAAGGUGCUCAAGGUGAGGCUGGUAAAGACGGACCACCCGGUGUGGAAGGAAGGCAAGGUCCAAGAGGUCCACCUGGUCCAGUUGGUUUGAAGGGUGAAACGGGAGAACGUGGCCUAGCUGGACCGACAGGUCGAGAUGGUAUGCCUGGAUUACGUGGUCUACCUGGUCCACCUGGCCCGGUUGGAGUCCCAGGCGAAGACGGAGACAAAGGAGAUAUCGGUCCCCCUGGUGAAAAAGGAUUCAAAGGGUCAAUAGGAGAAAGCGGACCAGCAGGUCCACCUGGAAACCAAGGACUGAGAGGAGAACCCGGGCCCACAGGUGCCGCAGGCGAAAAGGGCCCACCAGGUGAAAUCGGACGGCGAGGAAGUAAAGGAGAAGAAGGGCCAGUGGGCGUCCCAGGCCCAGCGGGUCCUUUGGGGCCUCAAGGAAUGCCAGGCCCCCCAGGGAUAAAGGGAGACAUGGGAGACCACGGACCGACUGGUCUAGUCGGACCAGCAGGAAGUCCAGGUGAGCAAGGCCAAAGAGGUCCAAAAGGAAUCGAAGGAAUUCAAGGCCUUCCCGGGCCAGAGGGCCGCCAAGGUGAUAAAGGUGAUUCUGGAAAUCCUGGAUCCCCCGGAAUUCCUGGAAUUGUUGGAAAACAGGGAGAACGCGGUGCAGUCGGUCCUAAAGGUGAAGAGGGUAAAGCCGGUCCAGCUGGUAGUCCUGGCAUUCGUGGGAUUAAUGGACCUGAGGGUCCCAAAGGCCAUGCAGGCCCGCAAGGUUUUCCAGGUCCACCGGGUGAGCCCGGUCUAUUGGGUCCAAAAGGUGAGCCUGGUAGAGACGGUGACGAAGGUAGACCUGGGGAUGCUGGUGCAGCCGGUGAAAUGGGAUCACCAGGAAAAGAGGGAGAGCCAGGUCCUCCCGGCAAACCGGGCCCGGAAGGGCCAGCAGGAAUGCAAGGUAAUACAGGACUCCCAGGUGAGAAAGGAGACUUGGGACCUCCCGGAGCUCCAGGAUUACAAGGGCGUAUUGGACCCCAAGGUGAACCAGGGCCGCAAGGACUACCCGGCGUGAGAGGGUUGCCAGGCGCAGCUGGGGAAAAUGGUCCACCUGGUGCAUCGGGGGCAGCUGGUCUUCCAGGUAAAAUCGGAGCAUCAGGCCCUAGGGGACCAAAAGGUGAUCGUGGGCGCCGUGGACCCAAGGGUCAUCGCGGUGAACUUGGGCAGAUAGGAAUCAAAGGUGAUCAAGGUGAAAAGGGGGAAAGAGGCCCAAGAGGACCAAUAGGGCCAGAAGGAGCGAAAGGUAACCAAGGCCCACAAGGUAUGUUGGGACCAAAGGGUAACGACGGUCCUCAGGGCUUACCUGGAUUAGAAGGGCCGAUAGGAUUGAAAGGUACAACGGGCGGUGAUGGUAUGAAAGGAGAUGUGGGUCCACCGGGACCACCGGGACCACCAGGCCCACCGGCAGAACAACUGAUGAUUCCACCUGAGCUGUUUCUAAGUAGAGACGAAUUCACCACCCAGAGAAGAAGAAGAGACGUUGACGAAGUAGAAAAUGAAGAUCAAACGACGGAGACUAUAAAAAAUCAGGGUGAGGAAGAAGUCGGACCCAAAUUUAUUGAUAUUUAUAGUUCUAUAUACACGAUGAGACAGGAAUUGGACCGAAUACGUAAGCCCUUGGGAACCAGAGAGAACCCGAUCAGAACGUGCAAGGAUCUAUUUUAUGGACAUCCUCAUUUCACAGAUGGUUGGUACUGGAUUGAUCCAAAUCUUGGAAUGCCAGAUGAUGCGGUAUACGUAUUCUGUAACAUAUCAGCCUCGGGUGAAACUUGUGUGUUCCCUGAUACUCACAGUAGUCUAAUGCCCAAUAUUCCAUGGAGGAAAGAAGGUGACAAGAGUGACUGGUACUCAAACCUUCGCGGUGGUUUCAGGAUAACUUACGAAAGCAUUGGGGUUGUACAAAUGAAUUUCCUACGAAUAUUAAGCGAAGAGGCGCAUCAAAAUUUCACGUAUACUUGCAUCAACAGCGCAGCAUGGUAUAGCGUUACAGGGUACAAUCAUGAUUUGGCAUUGAAAUUGCUUGGUGAAAAUGAGGACCAAUUUUCGUAUACUGGAAUCAGACCCAACGUCAUUGCGGAUGGUUGUAAAACUCGGAAAAGUAAGAGUGAAACUGUAUUUGUAGUGACGACUAAGAAAUUGCAACAACUUCCUCUUGUUGACUUCUAUCCUGUCGAUUACGGGUUACCGCACCAAGCCUUCGGAUUUGCGGUGGGUCCAGUGUGUUUCAAAUAAUGAAAAUCACAUGGAACAAAUUUAUGAAUCUCUAAUCAGUUGCGCAUGAAUAUAGGUGAGCGUAUUUGUUACAGAACUUAACGUAUAGCAUGUAUGCUUAUAAUAAUAAUCAGAGUUAUAUCGGGCAGAUUUAUGCAUUCUGUAAGGGAGCUUGUCUACAACAUUCCACGUUUUAGGCAAUCAUAUCUAGUUCAAAUAAUUACUAAACAAAAUGACUACCAGAAAGAGCCACUCAUGGGUAACAUAUAGCAUGAUAUUUAUUAGAGCUCUGAGAGCUGAUUAUGGGCUAGGUGAAACAAUAAAUAGCAACAGACGUGUGUUUUAACGUUACUUCAAAAUCCAUUACUUGAGUAAUUUCUGUUCACUAAAACCUACGUUCUCUGAAUUGAAUCAAAGUCAUAGACCUCAUAUAUAGAAUCAAAUCAUCGAUAACUUAAUUGCAAUCAUUGAAAUAGAAUAAUAAAACUAAACCUCAAAAAAAAAAUAAAUAAAAGCUGUGGUUAAUAUAUAAGUUGAAGCUGAUUAAAUCGGUACUGCUUUUAAUUGUGGACCAUUAAUUUGGCACACGGACAUGAAAUGUUAUGAGUGUAUACCUAUGUAAACGCGAUGAAAAUUUGUAGUAUGAACUGCUCUUCUGAUACUUGACAGAUACAAGACCUGAAAUUGGGCAAAUCAAGUUUAGAAUCAUUCUGUAUCAGAUACAAAUUAUUAGGAUGUUACAAAUACUCAAUGUAUUUAAAAGCUUAUACAUGUACUUAAAUUAUCUCAAAGUAUGUGUAUCUAUUCUGCUCUGUAAGAGUAAAUAAUUGAUGUUUAUAAUAAUUUGUACAUACGUUCUCCCCGCAUUGUUACUUAAGUUAUAAGAGGUGCAAAUUAGUCUGUAAGUAACACAUAAAUAUUGAAUAGGUAAAUUAUACAUAGUAAAAAUGUUUGUCAUGAUUCUGUAUUAGUAUUUCCACACUGCCAUUUACACUCCAUGUAUUACCCCAUGUAUUUAGAAAUAUUGUACAGGCCAUACAUAAAUAAAUGAUAAUAACAUAUUCAGCAA